UUCAGUAGUAAAAUUUUUACGCGCAAGUUCACGUCAAAUAUUUUUGUAAAUAAAUCAUAGUUUCCUAAUGGCUGAAGAAAUGCCAGAAAAUACCAGCGAAGAUGAACAGUUUUCGGACGCUCCUGAAAGUAUCGAAAGCGAUGAUGAAGCGCUACCAAAUUUUGCUUUCCCCAAUUUAAAAGAUGAUCCAGAUUUGUUGUAUGAAUUCAACACUGAAGACGACAAUGCAGAUAGCCUUAGGGAAUAUUUAGAUGAAGCCGUCGCAAGUAACUUUAACACAUUGGAAUUCAAAUGGAAUAGUGAAUGUUUGAUAUGCUGCGAGCAGUUUGAAGAGUAUCAAGACUUGUUGCAGCAUUGCAUAAUGUUCCAUGAGAAUGAGUUCAACGAAUAUGCAUGCACCUUGCAGGAUUGUGAUGUGGUGUUUCGAAGUGAGUACUCACUUGCCAGACACUUGGUAUUGCGACACAGCGAUUUGCAAAGCAUAAAAAUAUACGGUAGCUGCCCCUAUUGCGAUCUACGGUUCUCAAACUUUCAUCAACUGAAUAAGCAUUCCUGUUAUCGCAAACUAACGCGCAGAGCUUGCACGCAGCCUUAUUGCCAAUAUUGCAAACAAGAAUUUGUCUCACACAAAAGAUUUGUUUUUCACUUGCAAUUUCAUUUGGCAAAACGGCGUUCUAAAAUCUGUUUGAUUUGCAACAAAGAUUUUACCAAUGUAGACGAGUUCUUCGUGCAUGUAAAUUAUGAGCACGAACCACCGGGAACACUGGCGUGCACCAUCUGUGAUCGCAUAUUCGCAGAAAUGGAGCCGUUCGUCAAGCAUCAAAAUUCGCAUAAAAUAAAGCCUAAAUAUGAGUGUGAUGAAUGUCUAAGAACUUACCGCAACAAAAAAUUACUACAAGCACACAAGGAAGGUGUGCACACCAAUAUUGAAUAUAAAUGUGACUUAUGUCCGAAAAUAUUUCCCAGUUUAGCCAUCCUUCAAAAUCACUUGAAAUGGCAUGAGUCUGAUGCCGAAGUGCGAGUGUUUACCUGUACAAGUUGUGGCUUGAUUGGAAGUGACUGCGACAGUUUAGAGAAACACACUUCAGACCUCAGCACCGACUGUUUUUAUGGUGAAAUUGAAGAGGAAAUACUCAUUGUAGCUUACAGCUGUCAUUUCUGCGCACAAGAUUUUAAAGAUAAGGAUUCACUUAGAAAGCAUCGUGCUACGGGCGUCCAUGAAAAUGAAAUGUUUUACUGUCCCCUAUGCAAUGAAGAACUCGAAGAUCAUAAAGCAAAGCGUACACAUAUGGCUACGCACAAAAAUUACAAAAGUUGGUUAGAAAGCCUACCACUAAAGCGACUCUUGAUGUGUGAUGUGGGCGAUUGUGACGAGUGUUACAAGCAAUGGACUCCAUUACAGAGGCACAAACGUCACGCUCACAAAUCAAAUACCUGUCGAAUAUGUGAUCAAAAGUUUGCGAAUUCGAAUGAACUUCAAGAGCACAUCGCACAGUGCCAAUUAACUGCAUUAACCUGCCAAUUUUGUGAAAAAGUAUGUCCGACCAAAAUGUCCUUGGCCGUGCAUGUGGCUAGAAGGCACAAUAACAAAAAUGUCUUCUGUCCGCAUUGUGCAGCCGCAUAUAGAGAUGAGCAGGCCUUGCAAGAGCAUAUCGACUAUGUACACGUGCCUGUCCCUUGUACACUUUGUGGAAAAGUAAUCAAAUGCAGGCGAUACUUAGAGGUGCAUAUGCGAGCAAUUCAUGUUAGUGAAUGCAGAUACUUUUGCACGCAUUGCAAUAAAGGUUUCUAUCAUCGCUCGCAAAAAGAAUUGCACGAGGAGAAUGUUCACCCGGCCGCAGUUUACAAAUGUGGCGAAUGUAAAUUUACAACAAACUAUGCAAAAUCAUUAGAUAUCCAUAUUGCUCGGCAUUUGGAAAUUUCCGAAUUCAAUUGUCCGCAUUGCCCUAAAAAAUUCGGCCGUAAAAGCGCGCUUAAUAUGCAUAUCAGACGGCAUAAGGCUGAUAAGCCCUUCAGAUGUUCAGACACCAUUGUUGAUGGCUGUGAUGCUGCAUACGUCACACAACAUCUACUAAAUAAUCACAUUAAAAGAAAACAUUCCUUGCAUUCGCAACAAACUAAAGCAAAUAGUGUUACCAGUCAGCAAAAGAAAAGUACCGCAGCAUCAAUACGAAAAUCAAAAUCAAAAACAAAAAGCAAAACAGAAACCGAAACAGUGAAAAACAAGUCCAAUUCAACAGCUAAAGAAAUAAAGUGCGAGAAUGUAAAUGCAAACAACGAUAUUACACUGUCCAAUACAGGCGCUGUUGACAUACUUUUUGAAGCCGAGGAAUCGAGCAUUGCUGCAGUGGAGCUGCCGGGUGAAAACUCCUUCAUGGCUGCUGAAGUUUUACCGAGUGGCAAUAACGAGACUUAUAUGCUGGUGGUAGUGGACGAUGAGACUAUGGAAAUGGUUAACAACAGUAGCGGCGAACUUAUUCUACUUGAAAACGUCGAAUAUCCUACCAGCUGAAUGUUUGCUAAUCCACUUGGUUUUUACCCCAAAAAUAAUUUACACACACACAUAAAGGGUUUUUCAAUUGGUGUGGGUCGAUUUUGGCGCCCUGUGGCAGCCAUUUUGUUUUGUGGACAUCUGUCAAAUCUUUUGUUUAUUAUUCAGUUGUUUAUGCCAAAUCAUCAUGGCAAGUUACACGAUUGAACAGCAUCAAAAUAAGUGUUCAUUAACGCAAACGUUGCGCGCAUUGCGCCCAUUUUUCGGUAGACGUGGUGGCCCUUCCAAUUUCUUAUGGCCCAUAUUGAACCAUAUGGACCUAGACGACAUGUCGUUCCAGCAGGACGGCGCUACGUACCACACAGCAAACGCCAUUUAAUUCCAUUUCAACAUCUACCCGCUCUUAUUGAAAAACCCUUUAUAUGGAUAUUACUUACGCAAUACAUUCUGACGAGUAUUUAUUGUUUGGUGUUUUAAGGCUUGUUAAAAGUAAUCAAUGGCAUUGCAUAUGUAAACUACAAUGUUUGGCAGUAAAAAGAAACAACGAAGGGCUGCUCGAUUCGUAAAUAUCUACGGUCUAUAUUUCUUCUCGUUUCUACCAGGUGCGAACACCAUACAUCACGUGCGCUUUUUGAUUAUUUGUAUAUAUUAUAUAUUUAUUGAACUAAAUCCAACUUCAAUUGUAUAUAUAUAUUUGUAUGUAUCCGUAAAUUUACGUACAUAUGCCUUUGAUUUGGUGUAUAGAGCUUUUGUAUAGAUAUUGCAUUAUAAGUUUUUAAAACACUCUACAACUUACGGUAUUAAAUAUUAAUUGCGCUUAAUUGCAAUACAUAAAUUUGAUUUCAUCUACAUAUCAUCAAGAUACAACGCAAUUAGCAUCGUCGUGAAGAAAAAUUGGCGUAUUCCAGUUUAGAAUGUUAUAUUCGUAACUUUAGUGUAAAUAUAUGAAUUAAAAUUGUCUACUUUAA